AAAAAACAAAUCGUAAAAGUAAACAAACCAAAAAAAUGUUUCACUGUGGGAAAAACUAAACCAAAGAAUCGUCUCCGUCGUCCCGUGUGCCAUUAAUUAGGUCUAUUUUUGUUCUAUCGUUGUGCGUGCGUGCGCUCUUUUUUAUUACAAUUUUAUAAUCCGAGACGUUAUCUGCUAGUGAUUCGGAACUUGUGAAAUUUUCGUUUAUAUCAAGGUCUUCUGGCAAUAGUUUGUUUCUGUUUAUGUUUUUUUCCUCGAAAUCAUCGUCUGAAGUGAUUUCGACUUGAAGUUCUAUCCCCGCCGGAAAUAACCGGUGAUGAGUGUAGUCGGGAAAUGAACGAAAACGGUACGCUUGUAAGGCAGUCUGGAAUUAUAUCCCCCGAGGAAGAGGUAGUGGAGGAAAUAGCUGAUCCAGAAUCGAGCUAUCUCGAAGAACCGCUAUCGUAUUAUCAUUUUUUUCGGAAUCAACUAGUGAUUUAUUUACAAGAAACACUGGAUCAUAUCGUGUGGGUUGUCCUUAUUUACACGCUACUAUGCUUGGUCUUGUACAAACUGCUUUUUCAUCGAUGUGGUCGGUGGCUCAAAUUGCUGCGCAGGAGUCGUCUGCCGCCUCGGGCCAAUCGCGCAAUACUGGUAACGGCCCACCCAGAUGACGAAUGUAUGUUCUUCGGGCCCACAAUUCUGGAACUGCGACGGCAAAAUUGUCGAAUUUUUCUGCUGUGUCUGUCCGAAGGAAACUAUGGACAGAAAGGAGAACAGCGUCGCCAGGAGCUGUGGGAUGCUUGUGAUUCGCUAGGUAUCAAAUCGGAGGAUAUAACGCUAAUGAACGCAACCCAUUUGCGAGACGAUCCGGCGCUUGAAUGGAAAACGGUCACAAUCGCCAACCAAAUACUGAAACAUCUGGAAGCCCUAGACGCCGACCUGUUACUUACGUUUGAUAAGGACGGUAUCAGCGGUCAUCCGAAUCACAGUGCCAUCUACUAUGCGACUGCUUCACUCUGUCUGUCCGGACUGAUCCCGACUAAAUGCAGAGUUUUGACAUUGGAAUCUAUCAAUCUCUGUAGAAAGUACAUCUCAGUGCUGGAUCUGCCGAUCACGUUGCUGCUUUCUACCCAUUGGGUUGUGUUAAGCUGGCAUUCGCGACGGGCGGUACAGAAUGCAAUGCGUCUUCAUCGUUCGCAACUCGUCUGGUUCCGGAAACUGUACAUCAAAUUUUCGCGCUACAUGGUUAUCAAUUCGCUGCGAGAAAUCAACCAAUCGGACGUGGAGUUUGAAAUUCUUGAUUCGUAAUGUGCGCGAACAGAAUAACACAAUCGAAUAGGACAAAAGACCCGAUUCGCAACAGCGUACGAAGAAGGUAGGUGAGAAUAUUAUCUUUUUAAUUUCGGACGUUUUUACUCCGGGAUAUUCUAAACAACAUACAACAUGGCGAUAUGAUUUGUAGCCAUACGCUAGGUUAGCUUUAAGAUCUAUCAAAUCUUAGUCAUCAUACACAGAGUAAAACACAAAAGUAGAGAAACACGAUAAACGACAUCGAAAAGAAGCUUUAAGCUAGUCCUUUCGGUAGAAGCGAAACGCAGAACACGACUGUAACAGUAGCGAAAUUAUUUUGUUACAUUUUGAACUAGAUAAAUAUUGAUUGAAGCUUAUUCUCCUCGAGGAGUAAUCUGGUCUGAACCAGUCAUGGGCCUAUAAAUACGCCAUUUAGUCACCAGUGAAACCGAAGGCAAUAUUUUUUUAAAGUACCUAUUUAAAAAGUACAUGAUCAAACACGAGCUAUUUUUUUGUACAUACUCAAACGCGAUGAAAUGUAUGUUUAAACUUGGCUUUGUUUAAUAAAUUUUUUCAUCUAUUUCAA